CAUCCUAAACUUGCGCAAACAUUAUCAUUCACAGCUGCGCGUUGAAUAGUAUGUGUAUGAUAUGAGAUUAAAAUAAAUAUUUAUACAGUACCUUCAUGGAUCUUCAGAACAAACAAAAGAGUUUUGGAUCGUAGCUUUCCAGGAGUUUUGUGAGGACACUGCAAGCAACCACCCAGAACCGGAAUUUUAGCUGUAGCCUAUAGGCUGUUCAUCAUUCUGAUGUUGGUCCACACGUACUCGACAAUGGACCGAGCUGAUGGACUGACCGGCUCCACACCGAGCGGCCGGCUCUCACAGCUCUCUUCGCUAAACCAAGCAGCCUACUCGUCGGCCCCUCCGCUGUGCCAUACACCGGCCUCCGACUUCCAGCCUCCUUACUUCCCUCCGCCUUACCCGCAGCAUUCGCUUUCGUACUCCCAGAGCCAAGAUUCCGGGUACCCGCACCUACCGGACCCCUAUCCGUCCAUCAAUCCCAUCCACCAGCACCAGUCAGCAGCAUGGCACUCGCAGCGGUCUCGGCAGGAGGAGGCUGGGCUCUUAUCGCAGUCUCAUCGGGCACUGAGCCUUGACCCCAGGCGGGAGUACCCCGGUGUAUCGCGACUUCUCCAUGGACUAGGGGAGGGGGCAACCGCGCUCGGAGAGGGACCGCUUGGAAUGCAUGCAGUCGGUCAUCACAGUCUUGACGACAUACAGGUAAUGGAGGAGGGGUCAGCCCUGGGCAUCUUGGAUCACUCUGUCAUUAAGAAAGUGCCUGUGCCCUCCAAGCUGAAUGGGUCAGCCCUCUCGGCCCUCUCCCUCAGCAAGGAGGGGCUGGGUCUCGGGGGUGUGUCGAACCCAGCCGAGGUCUUCUGCUCGGUCCCAGGACGCCUGUCUCUCCUCAGUUCCACCUCCAAGUACAAGGUGACGGUGGGGGAGGUGCAGCGAAGGCUGGCCCCGCCCGAAUGCCUGAACGCCUCCCUGCUGGGGGGAGUCCUGCGCAGAGCCAAGUCAAAAAAUGGCGGUCGCUGUCUGAGGGAGCGUCUAGAAAAGAUUGGCCUCAAUCUCCCUGCUGGACGGCGCAAGGCGGCCAACGUCACCCUCCUGACCGCGCUGGUGGAGGGUGAGGCCGUGCACCUGGCCCGUGAUUUCGGCUACGUGUGCGAGACGGAGUUCCCGGCUAGAGCGAUGGCGGAGUAUCUCUGCAGACAGAGUGACCCGGACCAGCUGCACGCAAGACGAAGCAUGCUGCUGGCUACAAAGCAAGUCUGCAAGGAGUUUAUUGACCUGAUGUCCCAGGACCGGUCGCCUCUGGGUGCGGGAAGGCCCACCCCCUGCCUGGAGCCCAGCAUUCAGGGCAACCUGACCCACUUCAGCCUGCUCACCCACGGUUUCGGCACCCCCGCCAUCUGCGCCGCCCUCUCUGCCUUCCAGAGCUACCUGCUGGAGGCCAUCAAACUGCUGGACAAGGGAGAGGGGGGAGGCAAGGGUCACGACAAGGACCUCAAGCAUCGCAAGUAGCAUCCCCCCCCCACCCAACGAAGGAGAAAUGGACUCACCCACUCUGGCGCCCCUCCUCGAUGGGGGAGCGAUAUUUAUUUAUCUUUCUGGCCCCUUCGCGCCCUCUUCCUGCUCUCAGACGGGAUUCACAGCUGCACUACUGUUUCUCCCUCCUGCCUGCACAGCCCAAUUGUGGGACUUGAACUCUUGGCCCCUCAGUGGCAGCAAACACAUAACCUAAUUACCCCACCCCCCUCCCCACCCUGCCUUGUUGGCCCACAUUGAUGAUGUCAUAACAGCUGUUUAACAAGUGGAGGAUGUUUCAUUGAUACCUCAGACCAGGCAGGCGUGCAUGUUAUCCUGUGUGUAUGUUACGUGUGUGCAUAUAUAUGUGCGUGUGUUGGGGGAGAAGGUCAUGUGGUGGAGAUUUAUUUUGUGAAAAGGGUUUCUGGCAGCUCAGCUGGGGUACAUAAGUGUAUUUUAGGGGUAGUACCAUUCUCUAAAAAAAAGUUGUUUUGUACUUGUAUCAUUUAUUAUUACUAUUAUUAUUGUUGUUAUAAUUGUAUUAUGACAUAAAUGUAAUAUAUUAAAGAAUGCCCUUGUUGUUACCUGUU